ACUCUCAAGUCCGAACCAGCGAAGCUGGUGCUGCUGCUGUUUUUGCAACUUACAUUUUCUUCAUCGACACCAUGGGAUCUGGAUUUGGUGCUGCACCUCAACCUCAACCUCCACCGAGUUGACCAAUCGGAACCUUCUAGAACCCGCUACUUGAACGAGAGCUUCAACAACAGCUUCCUUCUUCUACUGUUACCGCUUACUUCUACCCCUAAACGACGAUCCAACUCAUUAAACGACAAUCCAAUCCAUAUCGAUGGCGUAUAGGAGGAGAGCACAGCAAGGGUUUUCGAAGCCUUCUUCAACCUUCGAGUUCGACGACGACUCGUUUCGUAACCCACCGCAGCCACGCUCACCUUCAUACUCUUCUGCAUCUUCUACUUCUGACCAAAACGACAUCGAUGCCGCUGCCUUUACCUCCUCUCCCUCUUCUCUCGCCGCGAAAGCGAUUAGGGCUUCUUCGGCGCGACGCGAUUCCUCGCUUUCUUCUGUGUACGGUCACUCCAAUUUCUCACCUAAAAGCAACAACAUCAACAACAAUAGCGUCAACGCUUCUUCCAAUUCUCAACAUCAAUAUAGUACCACCACUGCUCCCUCCCAAUAUAAGGAGGCAAGAGCCUAUGAAUAUACUUCCAUGAAGAACCUGAAUGAGUCCAAGAAUGGAUUUUGGGGUGCUCUGGCCAGGAAAGCCAAAUCAAUUAUUGAUGAUGAUAACAUAACUCCACAAUCUGAAGCACCAGGGGCGACAAGGUCACAAGUUCCUGGCAUAGCGUCUCGGGGAAAGUUCCAAAAUUCAAAUCACUUGGAGGAAAGUAAUCUCAAAAGGGAUGGGCCAACAUUUUUCAAGGGAUUGGAUGCUAUCACAUCUUCUCUUACUCAGAUUGGUGGCACCAUUGGUAAAUCUCUGGAGGAGGGUUUUACAAAAGUUGAGAAUCGGACUUCAGAUAUCAUUCAGGAAACUCGAAAGCAUAUCAGGAAAAAGCCCGGCAAUUCUGUAGGACAGGAUCAGGAAACAAACCAUUCUUCUAAGCUUCAGCAACCCCAGCUGCGGACCCAGAUGUCACCAAUGGAAACAAACCAAGAACUUCAAUUGAAGGCUUCUCGCGACGUUGCAAUGGCAAUGGCUGCCAAAGCAAAACUGCUUCUUCGGGAGUUGAAGACCGUGAAAGCUGAUCUAGCUUUUGCAAAGGAUCGAUGUGCCCAGCUUGAGGAAGAAAAUAAAAUCCUCCGUGAGAACCGUGAAAGAGGAGACAACCAUGACGAUGAUGAUUUGAUACGACUUCAACUUGAAACUCUUCUGGCUGAAAAAGCUCGCUUGGCCCAUGAUAACUCCGUUUAUGCCCGAGAGAAUCGUUUUCUAAGGGAGGUUGUUGAAUAUCACCAACUCACUAUGCAGGAUGUUGUCUACUUUGAUGAGAGCAAUGAGGAAGUUACUGAAGUUAACCCUCUGAACUUACCCCCAGUGCCUUCAGACACCAACAUCAGCAUGAGUUCAGAAUUGGCAAGAGGCAUCUCGUCAAUCUCUGUAAAGGAUGCGAAGAUUUCAGAAGCUACUAUAAAGGGCUCCAAAAGUUCUGAGGUGAUUAAAAGUAUUUCCUCAAUCACAGGAAAGGAUCCAAAUUGACAAUGAAAUUCUUCUAUUAUUGUGGUUAUGCACCUUUUUUCUUUUUUGGAAAAUGCUUCUUUGAUUUGUUAUCAUUUAUAUGCACCACUAUUACAAUAUAUGUAUCUUUGGGGGGACGUUCCGAUGAUGUAACUUUAUACCUUAUAAUGUGCAACUUAAAAAGAAAGAAAAAAAAAAGGUUAUUUUAUUUGUUCUAAAUUAGCAA